GGCUCCUGCGCACGCGCAGCUCGAGAUGCGACUCUGGGCUGUAGUCUAAGCUCAGCUUUGACAGAGGCUCCCGGGGGGCGGACCCUAGGUGUCGCGCGCAUGCCUGGCAGGGCUGGGCAGCUCUUCUCCGGUGGCUGCGGUUCGGACGCCUCAGCUGGGCCUAAGAUGGACCUCCCGGCGGUGCUGGCCGCCCCGGCCACGCGCGGAGACCAACAUGGCGGUGGCCCGAGCCGACUUCGCCGCGGCGCGGGGCCGUCCCUCGGUGCCGGUCCCGGGCGCCGUCGCCUGCUGCUGCUGAGGGGCCCGGAAGAUGGCGGGCCCGGGCCGCGUCCAGAGGAGGCCCCGGGGCCCAGCCCGCCGCCCCCGGAGGACGGCGGCGACUCCUUCGUGGUACUGCUGGAAGUGCCGCGCGCGGCCGACACCCAUGGUCAGGAGGAGGCCGAGCCCGAUUCGGGCGCGAGCCCCACGGAACAGGUCCCGGCCGCCGCCCCCGGCGCAGCUCUGGCAGGCACGGUCACCAUCCACAACCAGGACCUCCUGGUGCGCUUCGACCGCGGCGUCUUCACGCUGGCUGCGGCGCCCGCGCCAGCCGCCCCGAGCCUGCAUCCCGCGACCACCCCGGGCCUGGAGCCCUCGAGCGCUGCUGCGUCCCGCCGCGGGCCGGUGGCCGCUAGCGCUGGCUCCCCGGCCUACCGCUGUCCGGAGCCGCAGUGCGCGCUGAGCUUCGCCAAGAAGCACCAGUUGAAGGUGCACCUGCUGACGCACGGCAGCCUCCAGGGCCGGCGGCCCUUCAAGUGCCCGCUGGAUGGCUGCGGCUGGGCCUUCACCACCUCCUACAAGCUCAAACGGCACCUGCAGUCGCAUGACAAGCUGCGUCCCUUUAGCUGCCCGGUGGGCGGCUGCGGCAAGAAGUUCACCACCGUCUACAACCUCAAGGCGCACAUGAAGGGCCACGAGCAGGAGAGCUUGUUCAAGUGCGAGGUGUGCGCCGAGCGCUUCCCCACACACGCCAAGCUCAACUCCCACCAGCGCAGCCACUUCGAGCCCGAGCGGCCUUACAAGUGUGAUUUCCCCGGCUGUGAGAAGACGUUCAUCACAGUGAGUGCCCUGUUUUCCCAUAAUCGAGCCCACUUCAGGGAGCAAGAGCUCUUUUCCUGCUCCUUUCCUGGGUGCAAUAAACAAUAUGACAAAGCCUGCCGACUGAAAAUUCACUUGCGAAGUCACACAGGUGAAAGACCAUUUAUUUGUGACUCAGACAGUUGUGGCUGGACCUUCACCAGUAUGUCCAAACUUCUAAGACACAAAAGGAAACAUGAUGAUGACCGGAGGUUCACUUGCCCUGUUGAAGGUUGUGGCAAGUCAUUCACUAGAGCAGAGCAUCUGAAGGGCCACAGUAUCACCCACCUGGGAACAAAGCCAUUCGAAUGCCCUGUGGAAGGGUGCUGUGCCAGGUUCUCAGCUCGCAGCAGUCUGUACAUUCAUUCUAAGAAACAUCUGCAGGACGUGGGUACUCCGAAAAGCCGCUGCCCAGUGUCCAGCUGCAACCGACUCUUCACCUCCAAGCAUAGCAUGAAGGCACACGUGGUGCGGCAGCACAGCCGGCGCCAAGAUCUUGUACCUCAGCUGGAAGCUCCGAGCUCUCUCACACCCAGCAGUGAACUGAGUAGCCCAGGCCAAAGUGAGCUCACCAACAUAGAUCUCGCAGCACUUUUCUCUGACACACCUGCUAAUAGCAGCAGUUCAACAGCUGGGUCGGAUGAAGCACUGAACUCUGGGAUCCUCACCAUUGAUGUCACUUCUGUGAGCUCUUCUCUGGGAGGGAAUCUCCCUACUAACAAUAACUCCUUAGGACCAAUGGAUCCACUCGUUCUAGUGGCCCACGGUGAUAUGCCUCCAAGUUUGGACAGUCCUCUUGUUCUUGGGACAUCGGCCACGGUUCUCCAACCAGGCAGCUUCAGUGCAGAUGAUUCACAGGCCAUGAGCACAGGAGCAGUAGGCUGCCUGGUGGCUCUGCCUGUGAGGAACUUGAAUCAAGACUCUCCAGCUUUGACCCCCAGCAAUAACUUGACAGCACCUGGUACCACACCAACUUCUUCAGACACCACCCAAGAAACUGGCAGUGUGCCAGAUCUGCUGGUUCCAAUAAAGGUGGAACAAGACUUGUCUCCUGUCCCAGAUGUGGUCCAGGGGCAGAAAGAAAGCCAUGGGCCAUCCCAAUCUGUGCUGUCCAGCUCUACAGAGAGGCCAGGGGCUCAGAAGGACUCAGAGCUCAGUGCUGGCACAGGCAGUCUCUACUUGGUAUGAAGCACUCUAUUCCAUCACCACCACUAGCUCACUUCCCUAAUGCACUUUGGAUCGUGUUGGGGAUGAAUCCUGUCUAUGCAGACGGUUCUUUCUGGUGUGCAGAAGGACAGAUGGAGCCUGGGCAAUAGUCUGGAAGCCUGACUUUGACUUUGAGUCUGGAAUUGACAUUCUUACAGCUUUAAGCAAAUCGCUUAACUUAUCUGAGCCCUAGAUCCUCACUUAUUUCUAAAAUAAGGGGUUUUGGCUACAUGCAUUCUAAGAUUUCUUUUGAGUUCUGUGAUUUUAUACAGUUUUCAUGAGAAAACUUGAGGCAUUUCUUACUAUUGAAAUAUUCACCUUUGUGCUUUUCACGUAGUGACAAGUCCUAGAAGAGCAAUGUUGACUUCAAUCGUCUUAACAGUUCAGUGGGAACUUGAAAGCUACGUCAGGAUAUUUUUAUUAGAAUAACAGUGAUUCCUGAGCCUUCAUUCUUGAAGGAUUAUAACAAUACUCUAAUUUUGAGGCUGGACAGUUAUUGUAUUCUAUAUUUAUAUCAAUUAUACCUUUAAUAUAAUCUAAUUUAAAGUAAUUUAAAGAUUCCUAGAGAGAGUCUGACUUUCCUCAGUCUACAAUGGAAAUGAUCAUAUAGGUUUCUUUAGAAUGCUGGUUGAAUUUUGUUUUGACAUUUAUCAUGUUAAGAAUCAUGUAUCUUACCUUACUAUAGCCUAAAAUACUGCUGUGAACUGGAAUCAAGUGUAAGAGUACCUAGCAACCAACCUACUGGAGCCGACUUGCAUUUAUCUCAGUGUGAGAGCUGCACAGUCUGUCUGUCCAUUGCUGGAGUCUGGCUGGUGGUGGCAGAGCUACACUUGCAGGCAUCUGCUUAGGCUGUCACCGCAGUUGCUAAGAGCAACAGGUGACUAGACAGGGACUGGAGGUAACCACAGGUCAGAGCAUGUGGGAAGCCUGUCCCUGCCACUCCAUGCCUCCCUGUGUCUCAGGAAAGAUGGAAUGGAAGAGCUAGCAGAACCUGGGUGGAGGUGGAAGAGCCAGCAGAAGUUAGGCUUGCCCCUUUUUUGUUCUCUUGCUAGCUGUGUGUGGCAUUGGGCUCCCUGCUUCUCUGAGUGGGAUGGUGUUGUGAAUGGAUUUCAGUAUGCUGUGAGCCAGAGAGGACUGGUUUCCUUUGCUCCAUGUAGUUUUAAGAAUGAAAUUUUCCUUACUGAGUGUUCACACAUUUUUAAAUUUCCUAUUUGAAUACUGUUUUCUCUGGCACCUCCAUAAGUUUGCUGAAUUCAGUAAUACUUUUUGUAUUGGCAGAUGACAGUGUGGCACUUGCUGCCAACACUGCCCAGGGCUGCUGAGACAUAACCCUGGCAUCAAGAAGAUGUGGUGUUUUAGGGAGCAGGGCAGUGUACAGCUCUUAGCAGUCUCUCUCUACAAUAUCUUAGUGCAUAUAGACCUUGGAGGAGUAUACUUCACUUAUUCAGAUGAUGAAGCUGUGUGCGUUUUCCUUUGCUAACAAUUGAGCACGUGGUUUCCCGAGAGCCUUUGCUGGUGACUGAAUCCUGGAGCUCUGAUACAUUGCCAGGCAGGCUUAGUCCCCUUGCUACCCUUCCUCUGCUGUUUAGAUCAAGCAACUGACACACUUUUCUUUGGUCCCAGGAAAGUGGGGGCUCAGCAAGAACUGAUUACCGAGCCAUUCAACUAGUCAAGAAAAAAAAGCAGAAAGGAACUGGGAGCGAUGAAGGUGAGGCCGAGUGUGCUGCAGUGCUGGUGGGCAAGGGGCUCAGGUCUCUUGUGUCACAGUCACAGGCAGAGAAAGCACACAGAACAGUUGUUUCUGUGUUCUUUGUCUUCUAUGUUCAAAAUACCCUUUUAUCAAUUCCUUAGCUUAACAUGAACUUAGAAAACAGGUAGCAACCAAAUCACCAGCAUGUCUGAACAUGCCCAACAGGUCUGAGAGGCCCUCGGGAAAUCAAGGGUCCAAACAGGGUCAGUUCUGGAAGGCUACUGAGUGAAUGAGCCCAGAAGGCUCGGUGUCAGGAAAGCAGACGGGUGGCUGGAUACCUAGUUAGGCCUUGCCUUGUGGUGGAAGCCCUUGCCUAGUAGGGCCAUUAUCUCGAGGAUAGCUGUGUGAAGGCGGCCUGUGUGCAGCAGUCUUUGGUUGAAUCAGCCUGAAUCUAUAUGAGCAGCAGCUCACUUGAAUGAAAAGACAAAGCAAGACAGAACCAUGUGGAGCAGUUAAGUCUAUAGCCUCGUCUGCUGUCCCUUCUGCACAUGGCAUGAAGGUGCAGGUACUGAGAGGAAACUGGUGAGUCCUGUCUAAUGUCAGCAAAGCUCUUCACUAUUCUCAGGCGUCAUUCAUCUUUACAUUUACUUAAAUUUACUUUGGUGCAGUUUUAUGUCUUUCCGUUCUUAAUGUUGUAGCUACAUAUUUAAAAUAACAGUUUUCUUCAAGCAGGUGUUUCCAUGUAUGCCUCUCAGUGUCUCUUGUAACUUAGGACAGUUCUGUGAUUUAGGAAUCCAAGUGUAAAACUUGCAGGGAAAAUAAAAGGAGAUGUAGAUGUCUGUAGAAAAAAUGUACUACAUGCAAGCCAACUUCAUGAAGAAAGCCAGCUGUCUCAAUUGAGCCCAGUUAAAAUUGUGGUAUUGGAGGAAAAGGAGUGCUUCAGCGAUUGGGUACAGCGUUUAUUGCACUCACCACCUUGGGGCAGUACUUACAGAGAUAGUUGUGCAGUUAUCAUUUGCAGUAUGACAUUUUAAAAAUUAAAAACACUUUAAAAGUUAGGCACAUAUUUAACCUCUUUUAAAACUGACAGCUUUUCCUGUUGGUAAAUGUUGAGAUUUUGAGUUGUUCAAAACCCCAUAUAUGCUGCUGACACUGUUAGC